UACUUGGAUUAGAAUAGCUCUGCAGGUUUCCAAUUUUAGUUGGAAGCGGCCGUUAACCCCAACUUCACCGGCAAGUAUGGCUCGAUCCUAUUAGCAGCCCUCUUCUUAAUCGCGUUCGACUCGAUUAAAGUCGGUUGUUAGAGUCGGUUGAGUGAGAAGGAAAGGUAGGAGGGGGAAGAGAGGGCGUCGUGAUGAGGCAGCGGAGGGCGAUCCUGGUGGGCUUCGCCGUCGCCCUCUUUCUUGGUGUCGCCGUGUACUUCCGGCUGUGGGCCAUCGACCGCCAAGACGACUCCACCGCCACGGCCGAUGACCGCGAAACCCUUCGGAGACAAUUUGAACGAGCCAAUAUGGAAGCAAUGGAUGAAUCUGCUGAAUGGAGGAUGAAAUAUGAUGGGGAGGUGGAGAGGAAUAAACAGGUGCAGGAUGAGCUCCAAAAGGCCAAGGCAUCAUUAUCAAGUGCCACUAAGAGGUUUGACAUACUGCAAAAGGAAACUAUGAAUCUGCAGAAGCAGAUUGAGUCAUUGAAACAACAAAUCGAAGAGAGGAGACAGCACUGCAAUUGCAGUCAAUCAUCAAGCCAGCUAUGAUAAAGAUGCAUGCUGUUCGCCCAAUCCUACAUGCUGGAUAUCAUACCAUAGCCUCUGGUGACUAAUUUACACCAUCCUUCUAUGAAAUCAUCAUUUUCAUGUCUUUCUUCGAUCCUCUUUUGGUUUUUGAUAGUGAAGAUUUCAUUACCCACAAGUUGUUGUCUAUAGGGAGGAAUCUCCUUUUAUGCGUGGGAGAAGAACUCAAACUGAUAUCUUUUAU